UCGCUCGCGCCUCGCUCUCAGAAACUCCCAAUCCAGACACAGGCAAGGCGCUGUCCUUUCAGCACCACAAGCUCGGGCUGAGGAGGGAGGACUCCUGGCCGUCCUCCUCCUCUUCAAAUUGGCUUGAAUCUGCUCUGACCCCCCAAGAGUGCAUCACAGUCUGGGAAGAAAGGCGUAAGGAUGGUGAAGCUGAACAGUAACCCCAGUGAGAAGGGAACCAAGCCGCCUUCGGUUGAGGAUGGCUUCCAGACCGUCCCUCUCAUCACUCCUUUGGAGGUUAACCACUUACAGCUGCCUGCUCCGGAAAAGGUGAUUGUGAAGACAAGAACAGAAUAUCAGCCUGAACAGAAGAACAAAGGGAAGUUCCGGGUGCCGAAAAUUGCCGAAUUUACGGUCACCAUUCUCGUCAGCCUGGCCCUCGCUUUCCUCGCCUGCAUCGUGUUCCUGGUGGUUUACAAAGCCUUCACCUAUGACCACAGCUGCCCAGAGGGAUUCGUCUAUAAGCACAAGCGCUGUAUCCCGGCCUCCCUGGAUGCGUACUACUCAUCCCAGGACCCCAGCUCCAGAAGCCGUUUCUACACCGUCAUCAGCCACUACAGCGUGGCCAAGCAGAGCACCGCUCGGGCCAUCGGGCCGUGGCUGUCGGCGGCUGCUGUCAUCCAUGAGCCCAAGCAGCCCAAGACCCAGGGCCAUUAGAGGCCCACCCCCAGCCAGAAUGGGGGACACAGAUGGGGGCCCCCUGUUGGCUGAGCCAAGCUCCAGUUACAAGACACCACUGUACUCCUGGGAUAUGGGGGUGGGGGCGGGGCCGGGGUUGGUGGGGGGGAUCUCUCCGAAAAUAUCGUGCACUGGAGUUGUCUGAAUUGAUAUUUCUUUUUGUCCUUCGGUAUUGUUGAUUCGUCCCCAAGUCAGGAUUAUGUACAAAGGCAUGUUUCGUGUUGAUUGUUCCCAUGUAAGAUAUUUUCAAAGCCACUGCUUAUUACUUGUUAGGAAAAUUUAAAAACAGAAAAGGAAACAAAAUGAACAAGGAAGGAUUAAACUGGCUGCAUCGGGAAGACGUUGGCAGAGUAAAGAGCACAGACUCUGGGCUUCCUCAAUGAGAAGCCAUAGUUUCAGUGGGGGGGUGGUUUGGAAGGUACAGAAAUGUGAGUGAUGCAGGCUGGGGCUCUGUGGUUAGCCUCUGGUCUGCAGGAGAGGAAGACAGGAAGUCAGGACUGGCCUAGUUGGAGAGGAGGGAUGAUUUCGGUGUUGUAAAGCCCAGGAUGCCCACAGCCCAAAGUCAAGAGCACCCACCAUGGGUAUGUUUUGCUGAGUUAGCACAAAUUGUCCAUACGGGAAUCGGAGCUGGGGCUUGGGCGGACUCUCGCGGCCUGGGGGUGCCUAGAUGCAAUCAAACACUGAGCAGCAGGCGGACUUUCUUUGUCUUUCUCCUGCGUGUCUAGGUCGACUCCUGGAUACUACCUAUGUUUAAGGGACAGCAGGGGCAGGAAGGGAGAGAGGCGAGGCCGCGGGACCAAGCAGGGCAUGGGACAGGCAUAUCACAUGUGGCCAAGCUAUAAACACAGGCACCACAUUUUAAAAGUCUUGUUUGCUUGUUGCUUCCCAAAGUGCUAAUAACAAUUGAAGAGUGCUAAGGGUCAUAGUCGGGAACCUCAAGUGACAGCCAGGGGGACUUUAAGAUUGGGGCUGCAACAAUGCCAAAUCACCCCUAAAGGAAGCUGAAAAAGGUGACUGUCUUUUGCCUACCUGUUGUACCGACAGCCAUUGGAUAAGCACCCAAAGUCCCCAGUCUAGUUCUAGAAGCUGACUAGGGGGCAGCGUCUGGCAUUGACCGGGCCUCCUGCUGGCUCUGGGACCACAUCAGGAACUCCCACACAGUGCUCCUGCAAAGAUUUCCGGGAGGCCCACUCCGUGGGAUGUGGCCCCAGGCCUGCAGGGCCAGAACGGGCUGGGAAAGUUGGUUAUUCGAGAGGUAGUUCUCUUUCCCCCACGAAGCCGCGACAGGCUGUUUAAUGGACAUUUUCUCCUGGCUUGCUAUAUUGCUGAAAUCAUCGUACACAACAGCUGGGUAAUAAGACUAGCAUAGCUCAAACUCUCCUGCCAGACGCUAUCAUCUGACUUUCCUCCUCCCACCCCAUCACCUCGAGUCACCUGUAAAUUCAUUUGUCAUCCGAAGCGGAAUAACAAAUCGUCCCUAGCAAAACCGCUGAGCGCUUCAUAAUUUCGUGGUGUAUUUUUGUCAGUAGGUAGCAGAGGCUGAGGUAUUUUUUGGUGUAAUUCUUGAACUUUUCUGACAGGAAACAAAUAAAGAUAGAUGUGUCUGAAAUUCUUGA